GUUUAGUUUAACUCGGAGCGCGCGAGCAGCUGGUUUUAAUACCGAGUGAGUGACAGACAGACCGUAUCCAAGAUGGAGGCCCUGGAGCAGUUUCUGUCAGAAGAUGAAGAAAGCCAGUUCUCCUUCACUACUGCUGAACUGGAGACUCUCGUGCAGUUGUUGUGUGAUGAAGUGGAGUCAGAAAGGGUUCUGCUAAGAAGAAACCAGGCAGAGUUAACAGAGUUGGAGGCAGAUACUCUAAAAAGGAGUUCAGAAAGGGAGUCCUUCGUCUUUCGGAUGGCUCAGACCAUUAACCUGCGUGAGUGGCUUGAGAAAGAAGCAGAGACUAAAAGACAACUUGAUAGAAUCUUACAGGAGUUGGAAAUAUUACAUAAAGGUUCAGACACAGGAUCCAGUGAAGCAGCAGCUGAUGAUAUAUUGGAGAAACUUGAAGUGAAUACAGAUAAUGCUAUCGCUUCGUUGGCUCAGAAGGAAACGCACCUCUUACAGCAAAAAGAACAACUGUUAAAAUUAAUGGAGACUGCGCAGAAAGCGCUAGCCGAGUGCAAGCUGAAGGAGCAGAAAGCACAGGAAAAGCUGUGUGAAGCUGUCCAGGGGUCAUCUAAAUGCUCACAGCAGAGGGAAGCUGACCGUCUGUUAGACACAUGCAUUAAGGAAAUGGGUUUACUGCACAUUUUGUCAAACAAGAAGAAAUAACAGAUUUACUCUGCAGCAUCGCCUUCUAAUAUAUGCAGUUCUGAUAAAUUAUAAAAGAUGAACAUUCUUCCUUCAAUCAAAUCAAAGCACUUAAGAGCCUUCCAGGAAUCAGAAUCCAAGCCAGGAUUUCUCCCAAAGCAAUGGAUAUGCAUUCCUAUUAAUGCAGCUGGAAUAUCGGUAGUUAUUCAAUAAAUGGCGCACGGCGAGGAGCUAUUUACUGACACUUCAUCACUCCUCAAAAGA